GUAUAAAACCGAGGGCAUCUGGCCAAUGUGCAUCAGUUGUGGUCAGCAGCAAAGUCAAGUGAAUCAUCUCAGUGCACUAAAGGCCUAGUUAGCCCUCCUCCACCUUUUGUGAAGUUAACAAGCGAAGAAACCCCAGCAAUCCAAGAUGCCUUGCCCAUGCGGAAGCGGAUGCAAAUGCUCCUCCCAGGCGACCAAGGGUUCCUGCAACUGCGGCACUGACUGCAAGUGCGGCGGCGACAAGAAAUCCGCCUGCGGCUGCUCCAAGUGAACGUCCCCGAGAAGAUCUGGGGAGAAGGGCCCGCCCUCAUCUCCGAACUGAUUUCCCUAUAUUUUCGCAUCAAAAACAAUGUUUUCUCAUUUAUCCACCAUGCACAACGUCCAAUUAAAGUAAUUGAAACCUGA